AGGGGUUCAGCACUCUUGGAUCAACGCUGGAGAAAGCAAGUUUGCAGUGCCAGGGCUGCUUUGGUCUGUGUUUGGAGGUUAUGAGAAAAUCCCAGUAAGUACUCUGAGGAAAACUUCAUGUUAUCACUAGAUCAUAAAGGAGAAGAUGAAGAUAUUAUGAAUCACUCUUCAGAAGAAAACCUCAUUACCUAUAAUGUCCAUCCAGGACUUCACAGUACAGAUCUAUUAUCAAAUCCACCUAAUCAUGAAGAAACUUAUCCUGACGAAUCACAGACUGUUACCAGUAUCGGGAAGAAAGGGGUUAAAAGGAAAUGUGGAAAACAGUAUAAAAACAGCUCAAUUCUAUAUAAACACAAAAGAAUCCACACAGGAAAGAAGCCAUAUAUAUGUUCAGAAUGUGGGAAAUGUUUUACACAAAAGACAAAUUUCAUUUUACAUGGGAAACUUCACACAGGAGAGAAGUCAUUUCCAUGUUCAGAAUGUGGGAAAUGCUGUAGUACUAAAGGCAACCUCAAGCUUCAUCAGAGAAUUCACACAGGAGAAAAACCAUAUAAAUGUUCAGAAUGUGGAAAAUGUUUUAUAGAUAAAUCAAAUUUUCUUAGACAUAAGACAAUUCACAUAACAGAAAAGCCUUUUCCAUGUUCAGAAUGUGGAAAGUGCUUUAGUACUAAAGACAAACUCAAGAUUCAUCAGAGAAUUCAUACAGGAGAGAAUCCAUAUUCAUGUCCAGAAUGCGGGAAAUGUCUUGCAGAUAAAUCAGCUCUUGUGAUACAUCAGAGAAGUCACACAGGAGAGAAGCCCUUUUCAUGUUCCGAAUGUGGGAAAUGUUUUAUAGAUAAAGGACGUCUUCUUAGACAUGAGAGAUCUCACACAGGAGAGAAGCCCUUUUUAUGUUCAGAAUGUGGAAAAUGUUUUAUUAAUAAAUACAAUCUCAAAGUUCAUCAGAGAAUUCACACAGGAGAGAAGUUAUAUUCAUGUUCAGAAUGUGGGAAAUGUUUUACAGAGAAAUCACAACUUGCUACACAUGAGAAAAUUCACACAGGGGAGAAGCCAUAUUCAUGUUCAAAAUGUGCAAAGUGUUUUACAAAUAAAUCACAACUUGUUACACAUGAGAAAAGUCACACAGGAGAGAAUCUGUAUUCAUGUUCCGAAUGUGGGAAAUAUUUUACAGAUAAAUCACAUUUUCUAAGACAUGAGAGAAUUCAUACAGGAGACAAGUCACACUCAUGUUCAGAGUGUGGGAAAUGCUUUAUUGCUAAAGACAGCCUUAAGCUUCAUGAGAGAAUUCACACAGGAGAGAAGCCAUAUACAUGUCCAGAAUGUGGGAAAGGUUUUACACGAAAGUCAAAUCUCGUUACACAUAGGAAAAUUCACACAGGAGAAAAACCGUUUACAUGUUCAGAAUGUGGAAAAUGUUUUCUUACUAAAGGCAACCUCAACAAUCAUCAGAGAAUUCACACAGGACAAAAGCCGUAUUCAUGUUCAGAAUGUGGGAAAUUUUUUAAUACUAAAGACAAGCUCCAGGUUCAUCAGAGAAUUCAUACAGGAGAGAAACCACUUACAUGUUCAGAAUGUGGGAAAUGUUUUAGAGAUACCUCAAGUCUUUUUAAACAUCAGCUCCAACACACAGGAGAAAAGCCGUAUUCAUGUUCAGAAUGUGGGAAAUGUUUUGUUACUAAAAACAAGCUCACGGAUCAUCAGAGAAUUCACACAGGAGAGAAAUUAUUUACAUGUUCAGAAUGUGGGAAAUAUUUUAUGCAUAAGACAAGUCUUAUAACACAUGAGAAAAUUCACACACGAGUAAAACUGUUUACAUGUUCAGAAUGUGGAAAAUGUUUUCUCACUAAAGCCAAUCUCAGCAAUCAUCGGAGAAUUCACACAGGAGAGAAGCCAUAUAUAUGUUCAGAAUGUGGAAAAGCUUUUACACAAAAGUCAAAUCUUGUUACACAUGAGAAAAUUCACACAGGAGAAAAACCGUUUACAUGUUCAGAAUGUGGAAAAUGUUUUAUUAGUAAAGACAAGCUCAAGGUUCAUAAGAGAACUCACAGGGGAAAGUAGCCGCUAUUAUGUUAAGAAUGGGGGGAAAUGUUUUCUUACUAAAGCCAAACUUGAUCAACAUAGAAUUCACACAGGAUAGAAGUUGUAUUUACGUUGAGAAUCUUGGAAGUUGUAAUAAUUAGACUUUUGUGAUAUAAAAGGCUAUGUACACUUUUGGGGCCAUUUUUUAUUAUUGCAUUGUACUCAUUAUACUGUUUAAUUGAUCUUUAUUAAAAAGAUGGAGUUCUUUUCUCUGUACAGUGUCUAGUAGCAGGGUCUUCAUUUUCUCUUUCAUCUUUUAGACAAGGGAGCUGAUGGACUUCUUAUCUCUGCUCUUUAACAUCCUAAACACUUAUUAUAGUUCAAUCCUUAU